UUGCUGCCCACCGCCCCGGCGCCCGUUGGUAUCCUCGCCCUGGCCGGCCGGCAGCCGCUCAACUGCAGCGAGGCGCGGGAAGCGGUGCUGGAAGCCCACCUGGGUGACACCGUCACCCUGAGCUGCGACACCCGGUUGCGGGGGGUGCGUAGCCAGCACUGGGUGACGCCGGGAGGCGAGCGGGUGUUGGAGGAAGGGGGUAACGGCAGCGCCGCUCUCCUGGCGAACGGCAGCCUGCAGCUGCGGGCGCUGCGGCCCGAGGACGCCGGCACCUACGCCUGCUGGGUGGCGGGUCCCCUCCUCAACGAGACCCUUUACGUGGAGCUGCUGGUGCACAACUUCACCCUGCACGGUCCCCACGACACGCUCAACACCGCCUACACCACGCUGGUGGGCUGCAUCCUCAGCGUGGUGCUGGUGCUCAUCUACCUGUACCUCACCCCUUGCCGCUGCUGCUGCUGCCGCGGCGCCGACAAGCCGCCGGCUCCCCGCGACGACAGCAUCAACUCCUCCGUCCUCAGCGCCACCCCCAACCACGCCGCUGCUGUCCCCAGGGAGCCUUGCCGGUCCCGCUCGGCCUCCGCCACCGGCUCGGGGCAGAACGGCAGGUUCAAGGUGGGGGGGACCCCUCAGCCGCCCCCCCGGCACGGCCCCAAGGCGCAGAGGAAGGUGUCGGAUCCGGACUCGGUCAGCUCCGUCUUCUCCGACACC